UGGCCUGAGUUCAUAUCAGUCCGUGGUCAUCUCCGCCCAACAACACAAACACUUCAUUGAGGGGCGAGAAAAAAGGAAGAGUUUGCCCCUUGCCGUCACAUUAAGGGGCACACUGUGUUAACCAAGAUGGCUGUUGUUUUGUGUUAAUGCUAGCUAAUUAGGAGCAAACUGGGGGAAGGAGAGCGAGUCACUUGAGCGCUGACAGCUGGGCUCCUAAAGGACAGCAACCAUGAAGUUCGCACAGUUGUUGAUGAAAAACAUCUCGGCGGCCAACAUCCCCAAGCAAGUGGAGAGGUUUUCCAAGUUCUCUCCCUCGCCUUUGUCAAUGAAGCAAUUCCUCGACUUCGGCUCAGCCAAUGCGUGUGAGAAGACCUCCUUUGUGUUCCUGCGGCAGGAGCUCCCUGUCAGGCUGGCUAACAUCAUGAAAGAAAUUGAUUUCCUCCCGGACAAGCUCCUCAGCACUCCUUCCCUCAAACUCCUCACCAGUUGGUAUUCGCAGAGUUUGCUGGAGCUUAUAGAGUUUUUAGAGAAGGAUCCAGACGACAAGGACGUCCUGACUAACUUCACACAGAAUCUGAUCACAAUCCGCAAUCGGCACAACAAUGUGGUUCCCACAAUGGCUCAGGGCGUGGUGGAGUACAAGGAGGCCUUUGGUGUGGACCCCGUGACCAACCAGAAUGUCCAGUAUUUCCUCGACCGCUUUUACAUGAGCCGCAUCUCCACACGCAUGCUCAUGAACCAGCACACAUUAAUCUUCGACGGCAGUGUGAACCCGGCUCACCCUAAGCAUAUCGGCAGCAUUGACCCCACCUGUGACGUGGUAGAGGUUGUAAAAGAUGCCUUUGAAACAUCAAAGAUGCUGUGUGAGCAGUAUUAUCUGACCUCCCCUGACAUGGAGAUCACACAAGUCAAUUCCAAAAACCCCGAGCAGCCCCUCCACAUUGUCUACGUGCCUUCGCACCUCUACCACAUGCUGUUUGAGCUCUUCAAGAACGCAAUGCGAGCGACGGUAGAAACCCACGAGUCAAGUCUGGUGUUGCCUGCUGUCAAAGUGCGAGUCUCACUGGGAACUGAGGACUUGACUAUCAAGAUGUCUGACAGGGGAGGAGGAGUCCCUCUGAGGAAGAUUGACCGUCUCUUCAGCUACAUGUACUCCACAGCUCCCAGUCCUGUGCACUUGGACAACGCUCGCAACGCUCCCCUGGCUGGGUUCGGUUACGGCCUCCCUAUCUCCCGCCUGUAUGCCAAGUAUUUCCAAGGAGACCUGCAGCUCUACUCGAUGGAGGGCUACGGAACGUCAGCUGUCAUUUACUUGAAGGCCCUGUCCUCAGAGUCAGUGGAGAGGCUGCCCGUGUUCAACAAGUCGGCCUUGCGCCACUACCAGGCCACCACAGAGGCGGACGACUGGUGCAUGCCCAGCAAGGAACCAAAGAAACUGGGCAGAAGCCAGUGGACACACUCCUAAAAGAUGAAAGGAGGUUGUGGGGAAAUAAUGGUUUGGAAAGAAACACGUCUGGCCAGUUGCGAUCACAAGAUAACAGAAAGCCACGUGUUCUUGACAGCAUGAGAUUGACAAUUUGCUGCUGUCAAUUUGGGCUUCUUAAAUUAUUCUCACCCCAUGGAACUAGCAGACUAGCUGUGUUGAAUUGGGCUUUUUUAAUGGGAAAAACAUCAGAAAUUGAGUUAUCUAUGACCACGUCAAUUUAAAACGUGGACACAGGUUUUAUAAACAAUAUUGUGUUAAAGUUGCUAUUUGUAAAAUUCUCUAGAAUUCUCAACUUAGUAGAACAGAUGACGUGAAAGGUUGUCGUGAAGGCAACAUUUCUUUUUUCAAUGACAGUUUUAAUGGAAAUGACUCGUGCUUUAUUGCAACAGUUUUUUCUGCUAUAAGGGACCGACCGCUACCAGCUAUCAUUUUACAUGUAGCAUCUUUAAUGAACACUUACCGUAGCUAGCACUUCCUACUGGUUGGGAGCAAAAAUUCCCAGAGGAAAUGACUGUUUUAAUUUUAGAAGAAGACAUUUUACUGUAUUAGAAUAUGUUCUUACAUCUGGCUUCAUAUAAAGUGCUUCCUGUCACAUAAUCGAUCACCCAGCUAUUGAAUGUUGCCAGCAAAAAGCCUGUUCCAAACAGAACAAUCCCUGCAAUACUUCAUGAUGCCAGUGAGCUUUUUAUUGACCUUUAUCUGCUAACUCACUAGUUGUCAUGUGUUUGCUGCUCAGCUAAUUCAGCUGCUUAUUUUGGCCCUAAUACUGUAAAGAAGCACUCGAAAACAUUUUAGGUAUUAUAAAUUUCAACUAGAAAACAAAUAUUGCAGUUUCUUUGAGAACAAAAUAUUACUGCAAUAUUCGGUAGAUACAAACUGAUGAACUGCGGUCGUACCAUAUUUGAAUAUUUUAACUUUUGAAGAACAUUAGCAAGUAGGAUGCGUCCUGAACUAAUCUGCUUGAUGAAUGAUCAUUUCCAAAUAGGAACAACUCGAUGUGCUUGCUUGAAAUGAGUAAUGUAAUGUGUUUGUUAGUGUAUUUGCACUAGAAUGUUAUAUUAUUUUUGCAUGAACACUGUCCUGCAGUAGCAACGAAAAUGUGUUAUCUUAACAGCAAACUACCUUUAGAACUAAGAGUCAACAAUACAGUAGAUCCCAUUACAGUACAUAUUAAUAUACAAGCUGCAUUUAUGGGUGUAAAGCAUCUUAACAUACUAUUUGGACAUUUUACCUCUCAACUGAUUUCUUCUUUAGCAAAUGGUUAAGAUUUGAAAGGUUUGUAUUUCAGUCUAACAUCAUCAUUCUCUUAUUGAUGUGGUUCACUACUAACCUGACAAAAUAUAAAUAAAUAAAACACCACAAA